GUGUGUGUGUGUGUGUGUGUGUGUGGGGCGAUAGAUGACAUCGACGGUCAGGAAGUGGCGUUUGAUGGACGCGUGCUCUGACCAACCGAAAUCGAAGACUCAGCCUCGGAGGCCCGCCUUGGUGUGAAUCUAACCAAUGGGCUUUCAAAGCUAAAACUUCCGGUUUCUGGCAGGAGUUGUUUCAUUGUGUGUACAUUGUUGAAAUGGGCUCGUAGUUUGUAAAGCGUCAAAUCUGCAGUUUCGGCGCGGACACGGUCGGUUCUCCUGCAUCGGAUGUGACAGUUCGGCUGCUUCAGUCAAGUCCCGGGAUCUUCAGCGAAACGGAUCCGAAGCUUCGCGGAGAUUCUCGUUCUGGACGCUUCGCUCGUUCAUCCGCGGCGCGCUCGGCUCUUCGGAACGCAUCUAGUUUGGCUUCAGCUGCGUUCAGUUCGACCGCCUCUCCCUGGAAGUGCCCGUUAUGAACGGGUUCAGCACGGAAGAGGACAGCCACGACGGCCCGCCCGCGCCGCCCUUCUUCGGCCAGAGCUGCUGUCUGAUCGAGGACGGAGAGCGUUGCGGCCGCGCGGCGGGGAACGCGUCCUUCAGCAAGCGCAUCCAGAAGAGCAUCAGCCAGAGGAAGCUCAAGCUGGACAUCGACAAGAGCGUUCGUCAUUUGUACAUCUGUGAUUUCCACAAGAACUUCAUCCAGAGUGUUCGUAACAAGCGCAAGAGGAAGACGAGUGAUGACGGAGGAGAGUCCCCGGAUCAUGACGUGGAGGUGCCCGAGGUGGAUCUGUUCCAGCUCCAGGUCAACACACUGAGACGCUACAAGAGGCACUACAAGAUUCAGACCAGACCCGGUCUCAACAAAGCCCAGCUCGCCGAGACCGUGAGCCGCCACUUCCGAAAUAUUCCAGUCAAUGAGAAGGAGACGCUCACGUACUUUAUUUAUAUGGUGAAGAGCAGUAAAAGCCGGCUGGACCAGAAACCAGACGGGAGCAAACAAGUGGAAUAACGUUCUCUGGCGAGUGGAGGAAAGCCAUGAUUUAUGACGUGCAGAUGUUAGCUGGCUUUGCAGUUCCUUUUUGAAUACUAACUGUGUUUUUGUCCAUACGGGAGUCACUACAGUCCCACGCUUGUGUAGUGAUGAUGAUGAUGAUGAUGAUGAUGUGCCAAACCUCACAGUAACUCCAUUAAAGCGCUAGUGUUUGAGUGACGGAGAAUCCGGCGUCUCUAAUGCUCUGAUUUCUCUGCUUGUCCAGUGAGGACCUGAUUGAAAGCAUGAGAGAGACUGAAGGACUGCAGAUCUGCUCUCUCGUGUCAAAUGUUUCCCAGAAGAGUGCUGUCUAAGGCUCUUUGGUUUGAGUUGUGCUCAUCUACUCUUUCACAUCCGUCUCUGCUUUUAUAAGACUGCUGCAUAUCUGCUCUUUAUGGUGUUUAUUUGUAGGUUGUAAUGUUAGUUUUCUUCCUUUCUUUUGUUUGAAAUAAUCGGUCUAAAUACAGUUCUUGUGGCACUAUUCCUGUUUGUAGUGAUUGUGUGAAAGUGUCUGAUGCUGGAGGUCAGAUGUGUAUUAGAGAGAGUCUAGUAAUCAGUCUACACUGUCUCUGUUUGAUCAUCAGAACUCGACGACAGUGUCUCGUGGAAAACAGCAGAAGGGACUGAGGAAGAAUGAAUGAUUUGCAUCAAGGGCUGUAUUUUCAUUUAUUUGUCUAUAUACAUACUGAUGAAGAUAUUAAAAUCAAAACAUUUUUAAAAAUGGAAA